AUGCAGCGCCCGCUGCGCGCGGCAGCGGCCUGGCUGCUGGCCAGCGCCCUGGCGCCCCUGGGCGGCGCGUCGCGCCUGGCGUCGGAGGCCGGGUUCCACCCGAAGCACCACGGUGGCCACAAGUUCGGCAGAGUUCACCACGGGGCGAAGCACCCCGGCAAGGCGCCCAAGAAGGCCGCCGUCCCAGCGGCGUCCGCCCUGCAGGCGCCGCAUGCGCCCUCUCAGCCCACGGUCCCGCCGCCGGCCCCCACGGAGAAGGCCCUGCGCUCGGCGCCGGCGGUGCAGCAGCCCCCGCCGCCCCAGGUGCCUGCAGAGGAGGAGGCGCCGCUCCGGGCCGCCCUGCCGGCGGUGGCCACGUCCCUGGAGCCCUCCCCGCCGGGGCCGCGCGCCGCAGCUGCCCCCGCAGGCUCGACGCAGCUGCCGGCGGUCUCCUCGAUGCUGGGGUCCGCGGCCGAGACGCUGAAGCAGAUCAGCUCGCAGGCGAGCGUGCUGGAGGCGCGCGUGGUGCAGACGCAGAGGGAGAACGAGGCCCGCAUGGCACGGCAGAAGGCCGUCUUCGAGCAGAAGCUCAAGGAGCAGGAGCAGGAGAACAAAGAGAUCGACACCGUCAACACUGGCAUAUCGCAGGAGAUCGGGAAUUUAAAGAAGACCAACAUGGAGACGGAGAAGCACGCGAAGGAGUUGCAGUCCACCAACCACAUGAUGAGGGUGGAGCUGUCGACGCUGAAGGCCAAGCUCGCAGUGUCGCGGGAGUUCUUGGCCUCCAGCCUCCUGAGCACCGACGACAGCAAGGCCAGCUGUCGCGCCGUCCGCAGAGGACGCGAAGGCGAAGAAGCAGCGCAAGGAGCACCAGGCGGGCAGCUCGGACGCGCAGGCGCGGGAGAAGCAGGACAAGGAGGUGCAGGACGGCGCGCGGCGCCCGGGGGGCGCCGAGGAUGCCGACGGCGACGACGAGGGCGAGGCGCGCGGCACGUCCUUCCUGGCGCUGCGGAGCAGCACACUUGCAACUGGCGGCAGCAUCGUGCGAGCAGACGGAAGUGA